UAUAUUUGACAGCUGGUCUUGUGCGAACGCAGUUCCCAGUUUUGUUAGUUUUUGUGUAACAAUUUCUCAACAAUUUCUUUGAGAAGACAUCCUGAGACGACAAAAAGUUAACAAUAUGGAAAAGCCAACUGUAACCGAGCAGCCGCCACCUUACUCUGCUGCAGCUUUCCCAGGUCCUCCGCCGCAGCCGGCUGGUGCUCCGGGCGCGCCAUACCCGCCUCCCCCGCCCGGCUACACGCCGUACGGAGUGCCGCCUCCAGGUACCGGGUUUGUGCCCAACUAUGGGGCCACAAACAUCAUAAUACCACCCCCUAUAAUUGCCGUCGGAGCGUGUCCCGCGUGCCGUGUCGGUAUCCUUGAAGACGACUUCACGUUUCUGGGUAUAUUAUGUGCUAUAUUAUUCUUCCCUCUAGGGAUUCUAUGUUGCCUGGCACUCAAAAAUAGAAGAUGUUCCAAUUGUGGAGCUCUGUUUGGAUAGGAACCGAUGUGACAGCUUGUUAAAUGUUUUGAUUAAGAUGUUGAAUAUUGAAAGGUUUAUGAAUGUAAUAAUGGUUACUGUUUAAUAUUAACUGCGUUGUUUAUGUUAAAAUGUGAUGUUUUCAAUCAACCUUUCUUUAUGGACUCGGUAAAAUGUAGCUAAUUAUGCAUCAGACUAUGUUUUAACAUAAGCAAGGUCAGUUUUUUUACUUUUUAAUUUUACAGCAUAUGAACAGCAAACUGCUGGUAACAAUAUCAACUAUUAUUCAAGGUCAAUUAUAUAAUGCGAACCAGUGUUGCGGAGAACAAUAAUUAUGUUUUCCGAUAUGCAUAAAUACUUGUAUGUUGUAAACAGUGACCAACUUAUAGAGACUGUAUAACUAAAAGUGAACAAAGACAAGGAAAGCAAUUAACUAGAAAUUAGUAUUGUUUGUGUCUCCUAUUUAAUGACUGUC